AGACAGGCAGGCAGGCAGGCAGGCAACAAAUCAAAACAAAACGAAACAAAAGAACAGCAGCAGCAGCAGCAGCAGCAACAACAGCAACAGCAACAACAACAGCACGGUACAACGCAAUACAGCGCAAUCCAAGAAUCACCAUGACCGAAUCCUACGAGGAUUACGAACGGGUGAGCAGCAAAGAAAAGCGUGGUUGUUCUGGUUCGAUCGAUCGAUCGAUCGAUGCACACUCACACCGCCCCCUGUUGUUCGUUCGUUUGUACCAAACGCCGGUGUGUUCGUUUCGACCACGCCAUGCCAUGCAAUGCCGACCGACCGACCCUCCCCUCCAGGAAUACAACGCCUCCCUCUCCCGCAUCCGGAGCUUUCUGGCGGCGGGCACCCGGUCCCYGGAGACCCUGCGGGAGUGCGAGCGGCUCCUGGGGCAGGCCCGGAAGCACGCGACCGCCCUGCAGGGGCUGGCCGAGGUGGAGGGAAACCCCCUGAAGAUCCGGGAGGCCUCCCAGAAGAUCGAGCGGGACGUCCAGCCCCUGGCCAGGGAGGUGGAACGGGCCCUGGGGAGGGAAAGCAGCGGARGCGAUGCCUCCGGCCGGGCCGGAAGCGGCGACCGGGAGGAGCUCUUCUACCAGGCGCCCUCGCUGGACGGGUCCGGCUUGCCCGUCUCGGCCGACAUGGAGGCCCUCAUCGGGAGCUCGGAGGACAUGCUGAGGGAAUCCCUCUCGUGAGUAGACCGCGGAUCUUCCGUUGCCGGGGUGGCGGGUUCUGCGUGGCCUGGCCUGGCCUGGGCUUGCCGUGGUUUGCCAGAGUGUGCCUUGUCUUGCCCUGUCUUGUCUUGCCUUGCCUUGCCUUGCCUUGCCUCGUCGUGUUGGUUUUCUCAGUUGUCCCUUGCAUUCCGUACCGACCCUAACCCAAACCGCCAUGCCCCCACUUUUUUCUUUCCGCGCAACGAACCAAAAACAAUACAAUGCAAUCCAAUACAAUGCAAUCCAAUGCAAUGCAAUACCCGCAACAGGCUCACCAUGGAAACCGAGCGCAUCGGAAACUCGACCAUCACGCAGAUGUACCACCAGCGCGAGCAGCUCCGGGGUGCGAGCACCAACCUGGUCCGGACCAGGGAACUCGUGCACCAGGCGGGCCUGGUUCUGACCGAGAUCGGCCGCAAGGCCUUUUACAACAAGAUCUUCUUGUACGCGGCCGUGGGAACCCUGGGCCUCUUGAACCUCUGGGCCCUGGUGCGGCUCCUGAACAAGCACUAACGAACCGGAACGGCGGGCGAGGCGAGGCGAGGCGGGGCGGGGCGGAGGUGCGCAAACCCUUCCAAGGCCAGCGAAACGAGGGGCGGUGGGGCUGCCGAACCGGGGGGGCGGUUUCGACGCCGCUGCGAGAACCGUGUUCUUGCCCGCGAAUCGGGGUAGUAGACGGUCUGCCGGGGCGUUGGUCUUUUUUUUGCGACCCGACCCGGGGGCGCCCACGCUUCCGCUUUGGAACCACGAUCAAAUCCAACUAUUGUAAAAAUACA